AUGGCAAAUGAACAGAAUGAACAGUUCAAACAAGUGAUAUUGGAUAUGUACAGUAACAAUCCAUCUUCUGUUACACGAAUUUUGGAACUGUCAAAAGACGUCAACGCUAUACCGUCUAUUUUAGAUUCUUUACCACCAGCUUUAGCUUUGGAUUUGGCAUGUUUGGCUGAUAUAGAUAAAUCAAUGAAUUUGGAGACUUGGUUAGAAGAAAGAUUGAAUAAUCCUGAAUUAAGAGAGACAUUCGCCAAUCAAUGUUUAGACUAUCUUGUGCAGAAGAUUUCGUUGGAAGUACAACGACAAGAUCCAUCCAAGGUCAACUUACCUAUAGCAUUGUCGGUAGAUUCCGUCAGAAGCUUUUUAAAAGCAUUAACAAAUAGCUCUUUGACGCCUCAAUUGACUGAGAAGUUGAAGGACAUUCAAAACCGCUGUCUUCAAUUGUACCCGCAACUGCAUACAAAUGCAAUGCAAGCAGUAUCAGCAACAGGUCCAGCAAUAGCAACAGGUAUGCCACCAGCGCAGGUUGUUGGUCCCGGAGGAGGCGCAUCAUUUAAACCAGAUAUAGAAGAAGAAGCUAAUAUGUACUAUGAGCGUAUAUACAAUGGUGAGCUUUCGGUUGACGACAUGAUUGAAUUAUUAAAGAGACUUAGUAUUUCUAAGGCUCCUCGCGAUCAAGAUGUUUUCGCGUGUAUGAUUCACAAUUUAUUUGAUGAAUAUGCAUUUUUCCCUAAAUAUCCCGAAAAAGAACUAUCUAUUACGGCUACCUUGUUUGGUCUGCUCAUACAACACAGACUCGUCUCUUACGUACCAUUAGGUGUCGCGCUACGUUAUAUUUUGGAAGCGUUACGCAAUCCUGCUGGUUCCAAAAUGUUUAACUUUGGUGUUCAAGCGUUAAGACAAUUUCAAGGUCGAUUAACAGAAUGGCCACAGUAUUGUGCACACUUAUUAGAGACACCUGCUUUGGUGGAGAUGCAUCCCGACAUUGUUACUUAUAUACAGACAUCUCUAAGUCAUCCUAAUGCUCAAAUUAAGCCUGGUGAAGAUCUGGAUCCGAAUAACCAUCAACAUUUUCAGCCAACUCUGACAAUACCUUUCACAAGCAUUCAUCCACCUCAGAUACCAGAAGUUGCCGAUCUUGUUUACCAAGAACCGUCCAGCACGGUACAAGAUACAAUUCUUUUUACGAUCAAUAACGUGGCACAGAAUAAUAUUGAGAGCAAAGUAUCCAAUUUGAGAGAGGUAUUGAUACCAUCUGCGUAUAAAUGGUUUAGCAAUUAUCUGGUGACAAAAAGAAUAUCUGCUGAACCGAACUAUCAUGAGCUGUACAUAAUGGUGUUAGAUUACAUCGGUUCCAAGUUACUGAAUAAUCACAUACUUGCCGUGACAUAUGCUAACGCAUUGCUUCUCUUGAACUCGGAAAAAACGGUAACAAAUUCUUCUGAACGUUCGUUACUGAAAAAUUUGGGAUCAUGGCUCGGAAGAAUGACACUCGCCAAAAAUAAGCCUAUUCUGCAUAAGAAUUUGAUGUUCAAGAAUUUAUUGUUGGAAGGCUAUGAUACACAACGCUUGAUUGUUGUUAUUCCUUUCGUUUGUAAAGUGUUGGAACAAUGUGCCGAUAGCAAAGUAUUCAAACCGCCUAACCCUUGGUUGAUGGCGAUCCUUAAGCUGCUAGUGGAAUUGUAUGAGUUCGCAGAGCUUAAACUUAACCUAAAGUUUGAAAUUGAGGUUUUGUGUAAGAGUCUGUCAGUUGAAUUGAAAGAUAUUACACCAACGACUGUCUUGAAGGACAGACAGCCUCAAGCGCAAAAUAAUAGCAAAAAUGCUUUUGCUUCCUCUGGUUCUGGUUACCCUGGACGAGCAGCAGCCGGCGGAAACCCGUUAUUGCAAAAUGCCGACACAGAGCCUUCAACCAUAAAUGAUAUACCCAUCAAUAUUCCUAACCUUGCUCCCUAUAUUGCCUUCAACCCUCAAAUUGCAUUGUUUAACAACCACCCUGCUGCCAAGCGCUUAGUUCUUCAAGCUUUUACAGAUUCUGUCCGUGAGAUUAUCGGGCCUGUUGUCGAACGUGCAGUCGCCAUUGCCGUCGUAUCCACUCGCGAUUUAGUCCUGAAAGAUUUUGUUAUGGAGAAUAAUGAAAACAAGAUGAGAGAUGCUGCACAUCUGAUGGCUCAAAACUUAUCCGCAAGCCUUGCUAUGGUAACAAGUCGAGAACCGCUCAGAUUGAGCAUUGUUUCCAAUUUGAAAGCGAUCUUUUUGGCUCAUGGAUUAAGCGAUACUAUGGCAGAGAAUGCUAUUUUUAAUACAGUAGAGAAUAAUCUGGAACUCAUGUGUGCAGUCAUUGAAAAAGCUGCCAUGGAGAGAGCCACUCUUGAAAUUGACGAUAUACUUGCUACGGCUUAUGCAGCCCGUAAAAAGCAUCGCGAGCAAAAAACUAGCCAGCCAUUUGUCGAUAUGGAAACAUUCCAAAUGUCGGCUUACAUAAAUACUCUCCCGCCUGUUCUUCGACCCAAGCCAGGAGGAUUGCAGCCAGCACAGUUAAGCAUUUAUGAAGAUUUUAUGCGAAUUCCUCGCGUUCCACCAGCUGCUGCAGCGCCUGCAGCGCCAAUGGCAGCAAGUAUGGAUCCUGCUGCUUUUGCUUAUAAUGGAAGCGGUUACGGAAAUAAUCUAUCUACUCCAAUUAGCAAUGGGCUUGAAAAUGUACCCACUGCAAUUGUCCAACAGCAACAGCAGCAUAUACCCCAAGCAAGUGUUCGUGCUAUUUUAGAAAGAUUCGCUCAAUGCAUCGCUGAAAUUGAGAAUCUUAUUAGUCAAACAAACAUCAGCACUAUCAGUGCCCUUCCUCAUCAUAGUGAUAUCCGUACCUUAAUUCGACAGAUUCCAAUGCUUGCCUAUACUAGCUUUGAUAAAUCCGAGACAGCGAGAGCAUUUGCUCAAAAGAUUGUGCAAUUGUUGUACAAAAGUGAGCGACAACUGGCUAUUGAAGUUUAUGUGGUCAUACUGGAGCAUUUAUACGAGGUCGCUCCCGCUGUAGGCAACUUGGUGACUACUUGGCUCACACAUGCUGAUGAUGAACGUAAAUACAAUGUACCCGUCACUGUAGCAUUAAUCAAGGCUGGUUUAAUCAGCCUACCUGAACAAGACCAAGAAUUAGCUGUGUUGAUUAAUAGUGGCCGCAAGAAUGCCAUUGAAUUUUCUGUACGCUUGAUCCGUGCUUGUCUAUUGGGUGAGUAUCCUUUGGCUACCAGCCAAGAAUUUAUGGCCUCGUUGGAGGCUCUAAGCAAUCUGAGAGGAAAUCAGAUACCCGAGAAUGUGAUAAGUCUGCUGGAGGAGCUACGUAGAGUACCAACACCUCAACAUCUUCAAGCGCAAGAUAUGGCUCCACCUAGCAGCACUGACGGCAACCUCUACGAGCAACUUCAAUACUUCUUUGCCGAAUGGGUUCGCGUAUACCAACAUCCAGCUGCUACUGAGAAAACUCUUUUGACGUUUGUAACGCAGCUUUCUCAACAGGACAUAUUAAGAAUGAACGAUGUAGCCACUUUAUUUUACCGUGUUUGCAUAGAAGCGUCUGUGGAGCAUGCCAUCAAAUUUAAGAUGCUCGCUGGUCAAUCACCUGCUUUAGGCUAUCAACCUAUCGAUGCUCUUUCCAAAUUGAUUGUUUGUCUGACACAAGUCACGAUGGCAGAUGAAGCAGAUCCUUUGAUUCAUGUUCGACGUGCAUUAUCAGUUGCAGUCUUAUGUAUUUCGCAGCACCAUGAAAUACGCGGACAGCACUUUGACCAACGUCCCUUCCUUCGUCUAUUCACUAGUUUAUUAACUGAUUUCCACAAGAUUGAACAACAGAUGCUAUCCUUGUAUCUCCCUCUUCUGAAUGCUUUCAGCAGCACCUUCCUGACUCUGCAGCCUCUAAAAUUCCCUGGUUUUUCUCUUGCUUGGCUUCAGCUUAUUUCUCAUCGAUUCUUCAUGCCCCAAUUGUUGUUGGCCGAGAAUCAACAAGGCUGGCCAACCUUCCAACGACUACUGAUCUGCUUGUUUGAAUUCUUGGCACCUUAUCUGCGUAAACUUGAGUUGCGUGACACUACUCGUACAUUAUACAGAGGCACACUCCGUGUCUUACUUGUUCUCCUUCACGAUUUCCCAGAAUUCCUCAGUGAUUAUCACUAUAGUUUUUGUGAUGUGAUACCCGCCAUUAGUAUCCAAAUGCGUAACUUGAUUCUAAGCGCUUUCCCUCGCCACAUGCGUUUGCCAGAUCCUUUCACGCCCAAUUUGAAGAUCGAUUUGCUAACUGAAACCCAUCAGUCACCUCGUGUUUUGUCAGAUGUGACCAGUAUUAUAGAAGAGAAUAAUCUGAAACAAGAGUUGGACCAAAUUUUGGAAAAAUCCAAGAUACCUUCUACGGAUUUCCUGAAGGUUUUGUUGGAUAAAAUGUAUGACAGCACAAAGAAAACAUUCAACACACGUUUAGUCAAUGCCGUCACGUUUUACAUUGGUAUGGUCACCAUUUCAAGGGGAACACCUGUGCAUCAAGGGCCUGCGUUAGAAAUCUAUCAAUACCUUUUGUCUGAAUUGACUUCUGAAGGACGCUAUCUUCUUUUGAGUGCCAUUGCUAACCAAUUACGCUAUCCUAACAGCCACACACACUAUUUUAGCUGCUUGCUGUUGUACUUGUUUGUUGAAGGCAAAAACGAAGUGGCGAAAGAACAAAUUACAAGAGUUUUAUUAGAAAGAUUAAUUGUAAAUAGACCACAUCCGUGGGGCCUUUUGAUUACGUUCAUUGAACUGAUCAAGAAUCCUCGCUACAGCUUUUGGAGUCACUCAUUUACUCGCUGCGCGACAGACAUUGAAAGAUUGUUCGAAAGCGUCUCAAGGUAA